AUGCUUCACCAAGUAAACUCUUCAUUUUUCACUGGUGAUAAUGAUGAGUAUAUUAGUGAAGAUUUAUUGAGCUCUGAUCCUGAUAACUCAGAGGAUGAAAAAGGGCCUAGGUUUGAGAAGUUUAAGAAGGAGGAGCUUAAUAAGGAUUUUAAGUUUAAGUGGGGUAUGGAGUUCAACACCUUAGAUGACUUUAGAGAGACCAUCCGGGAGUGGACAAUAUUAAAUUGGAGAGAAAUUACUUUUGUAAAAAAUGAGGGGUAUAGAGUGAGGGUUGAAUGUAAGGCCAAAUGUGGGUUUUUAAUGAUUUGUUCUAAGGUGGGCCAUAAGCACACUUUUGCCAUCAAGACUAUAAAAGACACCCACACAUGUGCUAGGAUUUUGGACAACAAAAGUGCAAGUUCAAAGUGGGUGGCUAAGGCUGUGGUUAAAAAGAUGCAAACCUCUGACAAGGUAAGGAUCUGUGACAUAAUCCAAGACAUGAGGCAAAAUUAUUCUGUUGGGAUAACUGUGUGUAGGGCAUGGAAAACUAAGUUGAUUGCAAAGAAAAUCAUUGAAGGAGAUGCAGACAAGGAAUAUGUAAACUUGUGGAGGUAUGCACUUGAGUUGCUUAGGGUUAAUCUUGGAAAUACUGUGAAGAUCAACAUAGUAGGCCUUUACCUUCAAUCCAACCAAAAUGGUUUCCAUUUGAAAACCAAGUAUGGAGGUCAACUUUUGAUUGCUGUUGGAAGAGACCCAAAUAACCAAUACUUCCCCUUGGCAUUUGGAGUGGUGGAAACAGAAACAAAGGAAUCAUGGAGGUGGUUUAUACAAUUGUUAAUGGAAGAUAUUGGACAAGAUAAAAGAUAUGUGUUUAUUUCAGAUCAACAACAAAAGGGUCUGGUUGAAGUGUUUGAAGAAAUGUUUGAAAGAAUUGAACAUAGGUUAUGCUUGAGUCACUUGUAUGCAAAUUUUAAGAAAAAGUUUGAUGGUGGGGCAUUGAUAAGAGACUUAAUGAUGGGAGCAGCCAAGUCAACAUACCAACAAGCAUGGACAUUGAAGAUGAAUGAGUUGAAGGUUGUAGAUCCAAAGGCUUGGACAUGGCUAAUGGCAGUUCCUACUAAAUCUUGGUCUGAGUCUUUCAAUGCCACUAUUUUAAUUGCUAGAGAUAAACCUAUUUUGACUAUGUGUGAAUGGAUUAGAAAAUAUAUGAUGAAUAAGUGGAGUUCUUCUACAUUGAAGCUAGACAAGUGGCCACACAAAGUGAUGCAUAUUCUUAGGAAAAGACUAGAUAAUGAGGUAGCUAUGAGUGGUCAUUGGUUGCCAACUUGGGCUAUUGAAGAAAAGUUUCAGGUCACCCAUGCUUAUAACAGACAAGAAUUCAUUGUUGACAUUGCUAAAAAGUCAUGUACUUGUAUUCUUUGGAAACUAGUAGGUAUUCCGUGUAGACAUGUUGCCAUUGCAUUAGGGUUUAGACAACAGAACCCAAAGGAUUUUGUUUAUGAAUAUAACACAAGAUAUAAGUAUGCCAUGUGCAUGAUGUGCUAUGGAUUUGCUGUUAGUCCCAUAAAUGGCAAUGACAUGUGGCCUGAGGUUGAAGGUGAAGAGCUCCUACCUCCUAAUUACAAAAAGGGGCCUGGUAGGCCAAGGAAGUUAAGAAUUAGGGAAAGUGAUGAAGAAGGAUCCAAAAGAAGGUUACCUGGUGUAUCUUAUAGAUGCACUAAGUGUGACAAGGUGGGACAUAAUGUGAAGUCAUGCAAGAGAAAAAGACAAAAUCCAAAUGCAUUGAAAAGAAAGAAGAGAAUAAGACCAAAUGCAGAAACUCAGACUGGGACAAUCAAUGCAGAAAGUCAAACUGGGACAAUCAAUGCAGAAAGCCUGACUGGGAUAUUAUUUGGGGAUGUCAUUGAUGAUAUGAUUAGUAGCCUAUCAGACAUAAAUUCUCAUGUUCAAAGUCAAGCCUCAACAAGUAACUUAAACAAGGGUAAGGCAAAGAUAGCUGUCAAACCAAUUAGAAGGAGGUCAAGUGAGAGGAUAAAGGAGAACUGGUUCAAAAAACCUAAACCAUUCACAGGUCCUAGUUCUGACCCUGAGCAACCAAUAUGCAUGGACACUGAGGAAGAGGAGCCAUCAAAGACUACUCCUAAAAAGGCAAGGAAGGGUACUAAAGGUACUCCUAAGAAGGCAAAGAAUAGUACUCCUAAGAGGGCAUGGAAGGGUACUCCUAAGAGGGCAGGGAAGGGUACUCAUAAGAAGGCUACUCCAAAAAAGAAGUGA